GCGCUUCCCGCCCUCACCGCGCGGGGCGGCUCCGCCGGCCCCAGAGGCACCUCGGGCGGCAGGGAAGGAGGAGGAGCGCCUGCCUCCAGCGCUGCCCUGCCGCUGCCUGCUGCUCUUCCGCCGGCCUCAGGUUGGUGUGUGUGACAUCAAAAGAUUUUGUGUCAGGGAGUGAGCUGCACUCAUUCUACUGCAGGAAGUUAAAAAUGAUUGAACAGACUGUACUGGAGAAAUACAAGCUCUGUGGCCUGUAAUGCAGGGCUCAUCCCAAGAAGUGUGAGUCAAGCUUAGGGAAAGGAGUCAGAGACUUGCUAUGUAAUUAAAAACACCAAGAAAACCAACAAAACCACCCCAAAACAAACAAACAAACUAACCAACCCACAUGAAAACCACACACCAAAACCUUCUGUCUGCACAAACACAAAUUGAUCUAAGGAUUGUUGCACAGAGCUGAUGAUGAAUUGCCCGUGGUUUUGGGGAGGAUAACUCUUUUGCUUUUGGUUGCAUUGAAAAGUUCACGUUACUGCUCAUGAGAAGUAAAAUCGGAGAUGUGGCUUACUCCCUGUGCUUAGAAAUCACAGAGGCAAAAUACAUGAGCUUGUCUUGGAAGUUUCAACUGUGUCUGAUCGUGUGCACUGGAAACUGAGAGAAACAGCAGCCAACCUGGGGGAAAAAUGCCAGCUAAAGGUAAAUACUUCUUCAAUGAGAAUGAUGACUGCAGAAUAUCAGACCCGCUCUAUGAGAAGUACCGCUACACAAGCCAGCAGCAUCCACUCCUGCUUCUACUGCUCUUCAUUGCAAUCAUCUUUUGGACUACUCUAAUUAUAAUGUAUUUUGUUAUUGAUGAAGCACGUAAUCAUCUUGCCUUCAUUACUGCAGUAUGUGCUGCCCUUGUCAUAUUUGCAGUCAUGUAUUUACUUUUAUGCAUUGAAUCCCUGUUUCGGAGAUGGCUUACAUUAUUUGGAGUUACAAUAUGGAUUUGCUUCUUAAUCAUAGGAUAUGUAUCUCUUUUUGAAAAAGAAAAUGAUUGUGAGCUGUGGGAGCAGGUACCAUUCUUUCUAUUCAUAAUCUUCACAGUUUAUACCAUGCUACCCUUUGGGAUGAAAGGUGCCAUCGUAGUUAGUGUUCUUUCUGCUCUCUCCCAUAUUACUGUUCUAAGUGUUGUGGUAAGCAUCUCUUCUCAGAAAAAGAAGGAAUGCAUUCUGUUUCAGCUACUUGCCAAUGCUGUCAUUUUUCUUUGUGGCAACUUGAUGGGGGCAUUUCACAAACGCCAAAUGCAGGUUGCUUCGUGGGAUUUGUAUAGAUACACAUUAAAGUGCAUUCAGGUCCGAAUGAAACUGAAGAUUGAAAAGAGGCAACAAGAAAAUUUGCUGUUAUCCAUCCUGCCAGCUCAUAUCUCUAUGGAAAUGAAGCUAGCAAUCAUAGAGCGACUAAAGGAAACUAAUGAUAAUAGGCAAAUGCAUGACAACAACUUCCACAGCCUAUAUGUAAAAAGGCACCAAAAUGUUAGCAUUCUUUAUGCAGACAUCGUAGGAUUCACUCGCCUUGCCAGUGACUGCUCUCCUAAGGAACUAGUGGUGAUGCUGAAUGAACUUUUUGGAAAAUUUGAUCAGAUUGCAAAGGAGAAUGAAUGCAUGAGGAUAAAGAUCCUGGGAGACUGUUACUACUGUGUCUCGGGCCUGCCUGUGUCCUUACCGGUUCAUGCCAGGAACUGUGUUAAAAUGGGACUCGACAUGUGUGAAGCGAUAAAGCAGGUGAGAGAAGCCACAGGAGUGGAUAUCAACAUGAGGGUUGGCAUUCAUUCUGGGAAUGUGCUUUGCGGAGUGAUCGGCCUCCGGAAGUGGCAGUAUGAUGUCUGGUCCCACGAUGUGUCCUUAGCAAACCGCAUGGAGUCUGCAGGCGUACCUGGCCGUGUACACAUCACCGAAGCAACAUUAAAUCACCUAGGCAAGGCUUAUGAAGUAGAAGAAGGAAAUGGACACCUGAGGGAUCCUUACCUUGAAUCCAUGAAUAUCAAAACCUAUUUAGUGGUUGAUCCAAGGUCCAAACAAUGCACAUCAAAUAAUCAUCUUCCUAAAACAAGAGUUAAUGACGGACUGAAGAUGCGAGCGUCUGUGCGGAUGACACGUUACUUAGAGUCCUGGGGAGCAGCCAGGCCCUUUGCCCACCUGAACCACAGAGAAAGUGUGAGCAGUGACUCUUCAAGUUCACAAGGAAGGCGAAGAAAGGAAAUACCUUUGUGUUCCACGGGGCGCCAGAGAGCUGCUGACAGAAACUCCUCUCAGAAGGGAAGGAUAGAGGAAGAUAUUUAUGAUGAAAUGAUGUCAACUAUUGAGGGCCUCAGUUCAACCAAUCCCUGGUGUGGCAAAUCAGAUGACUUCUGUGGAUUUUCACUGAUUUUUGCAGAUCCUGGUCUUGAAAAAGAGUAUCGCACCAUUCCUAUUCUGAAACUGAAGAGUUACUUCGCCUGUGCCAGUUUUGUGUUCCUCUGUAUAUUCCUGGUACAGAUGUUUAUAAUGCCAGCAACUGUGAAACUAGGAAUUUCCUUUGGCAUCGUUGCAGUCACCAUUGUCCUUGUGCUGUUUGUGUGCUUUGCUGACAAAUGCAUGAAGAGCUACUCUGAGCAGUGGCCUUUCCUGCGCCAUCUUUGUGCCAUCUCGGAAAAGGCGGAAACCAUGCCUUUGCUUAGGCUUCCUCUAGCAGUCAUCACUAUAGGGGCCUUGCUGAUUAUAGCCAUUUUUAAUUUGACUACAGAAAAGAACAAACCUGCAAACUCUACUGGACUCAAUGACCUGUGUGCUACCACCUAUCCCUUUGGAAACACAACUCAGUCCUUUGUUGAGGAAACUUAUUACACCUACUGCUGCAUACUGGGCUUCAUCGCGUGCUCAGUGUUUCUUCAGAUGAGCUUCGAACUCAAAGUUCUCCUCCUGUCCAUCGCUGUGACUGUUUACCUCAUCAUUUUUAAUACCCUGCAGUACAGAAACUUAAGCUUUAGUGGCAACAAUACCAGGCUUUUCAUCAAAGAUCCAAGGAUUACGACUAACUUAUAUCUGGUUCUGUUUUACAUAACCCUAAUUUUGCUUGCAAAACAGAUUGACUAUUACUGCCGACUGGAUUGUCUGUGGAAGAACAAGUUCAAAAAAGAGCAUGAGCAAUUUGAAACUAUGGAGAAUGUUAAUAGGCUUUUGCUGGAAAAUGUACUUCCAGCACACGUUGCUGCCCACUUCAUUGGUGAAAAACGAAAUGAGGACUGGUACCAUCAAUCUUACGACUGUGUCUGUGUCAUGUUCGCAUCAGUGCCGGAUUUUAAGGUGUUUUAUACUGAAUGUGAUGUCAAUAAGGAAGGCCUGGAAUGCUUGCGACUGUUAAAUGAAAUCAUUGCUGAUUUUGAUGAGCUCUUGUUAAAACCUAAAUUUAGUGGUGUUGAAAAGAUAAAAACCAUUGGAAGCACUUACAUGGCAGCAGCUGGUCUCAGCGUUACACCAGGCCAAGAGAACAACCAGGACAAGGAAAGACAGCAUGCUCACAUUGGGAUAAUGGUGGAAUAUGGAAUUGCCUUGAUGAGUAAGCUGGAUGGCAUCAACCGACAUUCCUUUAACAACUUCCGCUUACGUGUUGGAAUAAAUCAUGGCCCUGUGAUUGCUGGUGUGAUUGGCGCCCGGAAACCUCAGUAUGAUAUCUGGGGCAACACUGUUAAUGUUGCUAGCAGAAUGGAGAGCACAGGGGAGCUGGGGAAAAUCCAGGUCACAGAGGAAACAAGUAAAAUACUACAGGAGUUGGGAUAUUCGUGUGAGUGCAGGGGACUCAUUAAUGUCAAAGGCAAGGGAGAACUGAGGACUUACUUUGUUUGCACUGAGACUGCCAAAUUCCAAGGUAUGGGACUGAACUGAGGCUGCCAUGAAGUUAGUCAAAAUAGAAAUUCCUCCCUUCUGUGAAGACUUUGGAUUUCCCUCCUUAUGUGAAGGACUUCAUUCUAAAACCACAUGUGUACUUACCCCUCCUAUUUCUCCUGCAUCUCAAGAGAAUGACAUUUGAAUUUGUUUGAAAGAAGUUCUGAAAAGUACCCACCAAAUAUACAACAGUCUGAAAAACACUUCAUGUUCCUGAAAUGAUCUGAGGAUUUUCCUGGAACUGCCAGGAAGCAUUGUUGGUUAGUUCCUUUCCUUACCUGCACUGUGGGAGGCCUACCCCUCCAGUACCCAUGCAGGCAGAUGCACUGCAGAACUCUUCACCAUGUUAAACCACUCUGCUGAGUUGUUCCCUGACAUACCUGCUCACAGCAUUGUCUUUGUCACAGACAUGCCAGGGGAUGCUCUGAACACUGCAUCUCCUGCUUUUAAUGCAAAACAGACCUCACAGCAGAAGGUGGCUGAAAAAUGGAAAGAGGAAUGCAAGUGAACUCCAGUAUAUUGUGUGGUAAUUGUGCUGAGCUCCUUUGGAAAAAAAAUUGCAGAAUAUCACAUCACUUUUUUUAUUUUCUCCUCCUCCAUAGCAGUACCUUGUACUGGGGCAAAUGUUUUGAUGACCAACAGCUGUUCAGAAAUAACUUCUAUCUAGUUCAGAGUGUUUACAUUUAUAUUAGAUGUUCUCUUUGUAUUUCUGUGCCUCUGUUUAGUAUCUGCACGCACACUUUAUGCAGUCACGUAUGAGAAUUCCUCUAAAGUUCUGGCUUUAAAUGUGAAAACCCAGACUGGAUCUGGAAGAGCACUGGGCACUGAUGCCCUUUAUACAGCUCACUUGUUUUAGAGAGUCUUUUACAACUUGUACUGCUGGCACCUGAUGGGAGCUCUGCAUGCUGACUGCUUUCUUGAGAGCACUUAGGGGAGAAAAAGUAAUCUGCUUGGAGACUGGAGAACAGAGCUAAGAAGACAGUGUUAGAAACAGUAGCAGGUACUGUAUAAACAGAACUGCAUCUGAGUUGGGGCUUGGUUUUUUUUCUGUUUGCAUUUCUUUGUCUAGCUGGUUUAUUGUGUAGCUUUUAAAGGCAAUGCAGUUCAUAAAACAAACUGGUUUUGAAAGCUACAAAAAAUGUAUGGAAAAAAACAACGGAAAUGUUUCAGCAGAGCCUCAAUACUGAAAGUAGGUACAUAGAGCAUUAGUGAGAACACCAUGGAGAUUGACUUGCUCUAAGUUAGUUUCAGUUGUAGUUUGUUAGCUGUUAAAGGCUUUUGCUAAUUAAGUAGCACUUUUCUACGUACUGCAACCACUUAUCAGUUUUCUGUUGGUGGCAGUGAUGGUAUUUUGUAAGGCUAAUGUCUUGUGCCCAAUUGCAUGUAUUAAAUAAGGGUGGAUUCCUCUUGGCAUAUGACUAAAGGGCACAGAGCUGAAGGACUCCCACCAUCUGUUUUGGUAAGACUUACCUUUCUACAAACAAAGCAUUUACUAGUAUCUCUGGGUUUGGUACAAACCCAUCCUGGCAAAGUGUUGAACAAGCAAUCCUCCAUGUCACUGCCACUUUCUAAUUACUGUGUAAUUUCUUUAGAAGGUAAGUGACUAUGUUUCAAGACAGGAACAAAUUUAGUAUUGUCCAACUGUGGAUUCAAAAUUGUGCUUAUAGCUUUUGUUGAUUUGGUAGGUCAAAACUGUGUGUGGUGUAUCUCCAACAGAAAAUAGUAUUUGAAAACCUGUUUGAGGUUGUCUGGUUCAUGUGCGGACUCUGCUGAAGAAGAAAGUUUCAUACUUGGUGUCUUGUCAGUAUAAGGUCAGUGUUGUAGUUGAAUAAACUUUCAGCUUUUGUUACUCUUGUAUGUUGUGUAUUUGUAAUAGCAGAUGCUCAGCAAGCAUCUGUUCUGGGGUAUUUAUUGUUUUAUAAGGACCAUACAGGUGUCAAAGGCUCUCUCUCAGCAGUCUCUGAUGUCGUAUGUUAGGUGAGGUGACUAUUUGCCUUGUGACUGUGUUUAGAGAAGUGUAUUAUGCUGAUGGAGCUGGCUCUGAAGUCUCUGGUCACAGAUCUAGUAGAACAUAGAUGUAGGUUAUCUGUAGAGGAGAAUUUGCUGUCUGUAACAACACUUUGAAAUGGUUUUGUUUACAUUAUGUUGCCUUGCUUGGAUGUUAACUUCAACUUAACCUUCUUUUUCCAGAAGUGGUAUAAAAAGCUGAAGCUUUUAAACUGGAAGAAGUGGGGUUUGUUAUAGUUUUGAAAGGACAUUAUACACUUCCAGUGCUCACUCGGUGUCAGUGGACUGUGCAAGGCACACCUGGAGAAGUCAGACACUGUCUAAGGAAAAGGGGGGUUCUAUCUGGGAUGGCUUUCUGACUUCUCAUCAGAACUGGAACCAUUGUAAUGAGAGCUAUAUUCAACCACAGACAAAGCUCAACCUAAGAAGCAAAUGUAUUUAAAUAGCUGUUUUCAGCAGUCCUUUUGAGUGCAAACUGUGAAAUUUAAGACUGAGGAAAUAGCUUGUUAGAAAAACUUUCCUUACAGCAUUACUGUUUUCUUAAACUGAAAAAAUGGCACUGUAUCUGAUUCAAAGAGCUAACGUCUUGAAUUAGCAAUCUGUUUUAAGGAACUUUGGUUUUUAUCAUUAAAUAAAAAAACUUCUGAAA